AUGCAAUGGCACUUGGAUGCAAUGAAGAUGUAUUUAUGGGAAGAGCAUAAAUCUCGUAUGAGCAAACUUUGGUUAACUCAGAGCAAUAAUUCAUUCGCGGACGCAAUUCUUCAGUGGUUUCAUUUGCCAUAUGCAGGCUAUCAAACCCUCUCGACAUCUUUACUUUGUAUCACCCGUAAAAAAUUAAAUCAUGGGGGUGGUUUCGACCGUUAUGACAAAUUGGUCGAUCGUUAUCACAAUAAUGUUCAUUUCAUGAAGUGGAGAGCUCAACUUUUGCGUGAUUUAAUUCUUUAUCGUCUUCCAACUUCUGUUCACUCACAAUCGACAAUUCUUGGUGCCUCUGCUGCUCCAUCAUCACAGGUGGAUUAUGGAGAGCGAAAGAUAAUCCAAGUGUCAGAUAUCAAUCAAUACUCUUCAUCCAUCAUUGAUUGGUACACAAAAGCUACAUCUGAUCAUCGAAUACUGAAUCAUACUUUAAGACAAAAACAACUUCAUGAUAUCGUAUGUCGUCGACAUACUAUUGUCGCUCUAAUUAAUUCUUUACGUCGACCUUUAACAGCAGAAGAGGAUGGUACCUUGCUAAUUCUUCUCCGCGCUCAAAAAAUGACUAUAUUCGAACUUGAAAAAAUGAAACACAAUAUAGGAGAAAUCAUCAGUGCUGCUCCAUUUCUUUCUACUACUAUGAAUCCUCAAAUUGCUGAAAUAUUUGUCGGUGAUGGAUCAGAUGACAAUCCUUAUCUUGUUUCUGUGAUUUUGAAAAUCUAUCUUGAUACUGGUCAAGAAAUGCGUCCAUAUGCUCGUAUUUAUAAUAGUGCCGAAGAAGAAGUACUAUUGUCACCUGGCACGAAGUUUGUUCUUAAAUCUUGUAAACAAAUUGACGAUAAAGAACGACGAUGGCUCUUGGAACUAUAUGCCAUCUCAGAGAAACAACAAGAAAAAGUUGAGUUAACCUAUGGAGAAACAUUUAUGUUACUUAAUGAAGCAAGUGGAUGGCCGAAACAGUCGUGGUUGUUCAUUCAAAACAAAAUCACCUGA